UGACCGAAAUUGGUUAUGUAAUUUGUCCACGCGCAGGUCUCUUAUGCGCGCCUAUUAAUUUUAAGUACAUUUAAAGAUUUGUAAAAACCCAAUAUGAAUUAAUAAGUGAUGUGAUAAUAGUGGUAGUAGGUCAAGAACCUAGGAAUAGAAACACAAAUGAAGUAUAAGUACAAAUAAAUGUGAAUUGUAAUAUAAAAGCCUCUGAAACAGCAAUCCGCCAUUUUGUCACUCGAUCUGUCAAAUUUUCCCGCCAUGGGUGCAUCACUGCGCGUCUCGAUUGUUUUACUUGGACUUUUGCUUAUCACCACCUGCUAUUCGGCAAGGAUUCCAAAUAAUUUCAAUCCACGUCUCACGGAUGACAUAGUAUUGCCGAAGAAGAGACCGUUCUGCAAUGCGUUCACAGGAUGCGGUCGCAAAAGGUCAAUGAACCCUCCCGGAAUGCCUCUGCAAGGAAUGAUGCGAUCCAGACAGUUUGAAGAAGACAACUUCGACACAGAUAACUCCUUAGAAGAUCUUUCCCGCCAAAUCUUAUCUGAAGCAAAACUUUGGGAAGCGAUACAAGAAGCGAGCGCGCAAAUUGCCAGACGGAACCAAUAGGAAGCGUUACUUUAAAUGUCAUAUGUCAUUGGCACAGACUAAUUCAUUUUUGUCUUUUUCUUUGGUCGAUUUUUUUCGUCAAUACCUAUAAUAAAUUAUGUUAUUUAUAUGUCAAACCUUUAAACACGACGUAAACGUUAUUAACAUUGGAAAAUCAGUCUUUGGUUAACAAUGAAAUAAUAACUAUUUUAAGUUGAUGGGUAAAUUAGGAUCACCACAAAAUAUAUACUUAUUGAUCUCCUCAUUUGGGAGUUAUGUAAGUAAACUUUCAAUCAAAUACAUGAUAAAUAUUUUUAUUCUUAUAGUCAUUACAUUUUGAAUCGUUUAUAUCGCUCGUCAUUUUAAUUUUUUCACUUAUAGAAAUUAAUUUACAGAUUAAGACAGAAUUAUUUGUAGACGUAAAAACAUGAUUAAUUAUCUUCAAUUCGAAGGUCUGUGUCAAAAAGAAAACAAAAUGGCUGAUCAUUGGUAGAUUAUAGACUAUGCGUCCGUAGCGUUUUUUGUGUAAUUUUCGCGCCAAACGGUGGCAAAGAAAAAAAAAACUUUUAUUCUUGUACUAAAUUAGGAGGUGACAUUGUAUAUAAUUAAGAAUUCUUGCAUUCCAACAUAAUUUAUUAUCUGUGAAUCACGAUGACAAAUAAUUUUGUUCGUUAUCUGUACUGAAAGCAAUUUUACGAAAAUUAGGUUGUCUUUAUUCAUAAAACUCGUACUGUUUACUCUCGUAGUUGUAAUUAAUGUUAAUAUUGUUCAAAUCGGAGAGAAAUAAAGUCUUCAUUGUAA